AUGAUAUACUAAGAAUAAUUUUCAAAUAAUUAUUUGCUUUCUCAAUCCUAAUAAAAUGAAUAAUACAAUUAUAUCUGCUACCUCAAGGCUUAACUUCUCAAGGCUCAAUAAAUUGAAGCUGAAUAAUAACUGUUAAAUUUUUAUGCUCAAAAAUUUUAAUAAGCUCAAAAUAGUUAAUUAUUAAUUCCAAAUCAUUAUUAAACAGCUGGAUUAGGCCCUAAUUAAAUUUUAUAUGGUUAAUAACAAAUGGGAUAAAAUUAAAAUAUAAAUCAUAUCCCAAUUAAUUUCAACAAUAUGAAUUAAGUAUACCCAAAUGAUAUGGCUUUCAAAUAAAGAAGACCUAUUUCCUCAUCACCAUAGUUAUAAUCUACUCAAUCCCAUAUUUCUGAUUUUUCUCAUUUAAAUUUUUUACCUAAAAUUGAACACUCAUCUUUGUAAGAUUCCUAUUGUUAAAUUUCUAAUUAAUCUUUAGAAGGAUACAGAUUACCAAUUCAAAAUAAUUAAAUUACCAGAAAUACUUCUUUUUGUUUGUAACAAUCUUAACACGAAGAAUGCUAAUAAAGCAAAUAAGUUCCUUCUAUUGUAAAAAAAAUUAAAAAAAGCUGCACUUCUUGCUCAAAUUGCACUAAAAAAGAGUAACCUAACUUAGACAGUAUCCCUUCAUGCUAUUCAUCUUAAUCAAGUGAAUCUACAAGUCCUAUAUAUUAAAAAGAAGAAAAAUAAACUGCUAAAAUAUCUUUAAAAAAAUAAAAUAAUAAUAAAAGUAAUAAAACCAAUGGAAAAAAGAAGAUUUCACGUUUAGAAGAAACUCGUGCUGAACGUUGGUCUUUUAUGAAGAAGUUUUACAACAAGCAAAUUCUCAUUAACCGUAUUUUCAUUGAUCUUGAAGAUGAAAAUUUCUAAUUGCAACCCACUUAAAUUAAUUAAAUUAUCAUUAAAAAAGAAGAUGGUUCUAAUGAAGAAGAAUCUUCAGAAGAAAAUAAAUCCUUAAAUAAUAAAUAAUCUAAUUAAUUAUAUACUCCUUCCACACUUCAGUUCUCAAAGGAUUAAAAUAAUACUAAUUCUUAAUAAUAAAGCUAUCAAUACAACGAAAGCAGUAGUACCGAAAAUUCAUAUCCUCUAGUAUGA